AUGUCUCGACGACCGCCGAUGUCAAUGGAGGCGUCUCUCGAGGAGGAGCGGAGGGAGGUACUUGCGUUGCUUGAGGGACGCAGUUCCAGUCCUCGUCCUUUCGGGGCGCGCUCCCCGUCGCCUUAUACAACGCCGCGCUCGCCUGUGCGUAGCAUGCUAGACAUUGGUGAACCUCCUCGCUCCCAAACUCCUCCCCAAAGUUUGUCUGCUAAGACUAUUCCCGUUCGAGCAGCUCCCGUCCGGAGUAUGCUUGACGUGGAUGCUCCGCCGGUGCAGCCGGUUCGGAGCAUGCUAGAUGUCGAUUCCCCGCCGCCUGCGGUUUCAAAGGUUCAGAGCCAGCCUACGUCACCAACUGACUCGAGUCCUCGUACCCACACUACCCAUGGCACUCAUCCGAGAAGCAUGUCCGAGGUGUCGACCAGGCCUAAUGACUUUGGGUCGCGCAUGUCGGUGCAGCAGCCUGAUCCUUUGUCCGAAUACCAGUUCUCUGGCAUCAUCACAACUGGCGUAGGACAGCCUCUUCCGAAACGUGUCACUCAGGGAGACAGGCGCGCUUCGGAUAUUCCCAAGAUUAAUGACAUUCCCAGCCUUGUUGUUGUGGGCGAUAGGGGACGCCUACACUCUGCGUCUGGACCAUCCCUACGUGCCACCAAGUCGAAGUCCCCACACAAUCGUUUCAGCUUGCGUUCGCAUUCACCAGCCGCUCCUAUCCUUGGCCGUCACCUCAGCCCGGCAGGCCGGAAGUUUCUCCAGGAGACGCAUGAAAUCGACUACAACCUUGCCUACACUCGCCUCUCAGAUGCGGCCCUCGCACGAUCAGGCGGUAGUCUCUCGGAGCUGGGAAGGAAGAAGUCAGAAGAUGCUGAGGGUACCGGCAGGCUAGCUAAGGACUAUCUGAGUCCAGAUGGAGAUAUACUGCCGGAAGAGAGCAGUGACGAGAGUGACCGCUCAUCCGGGGAAGAGAAUGAGCGUGGCAGGAAGGCUUCGCGCAGUAUUGAUAAACUCCCUACCGAAGGCAGCAAGUCUGCGUCCGGCGAAGGGAAGAGGCAGGCUCAGACGCUGCUCCAGGCAGCAGAAGAUGAACGCUUGCAGGUAGUGGCGACCCAGCAACCGACAUACCAAUACAGGUCGCUGUUGGAUGAUCCAAAGAUCACAGUUGCAAAUCCAUCUGGUGAAAGGAUCAAACACAGCAAACCCCAUGUACACCCUGCCACCAGCUUCGACAAUCCCCCGGGCUCUGGCACACAAACGCCAAUGGAUUCGGACACGGAGGCCGAUCUGUCCGACAUCAAGCAGGCACAGAACUUGUCGUUCGCCAUGACACAGAUCAUCGACACACCUGAGGCUCAUCGCACGAUCCAAAUCAUUACCCGUGGCGAGUACGAGAAACUGGCGAAGGAGGCUGAGGAAGAGCAUCGUCCCCCGCGCAAGUACUUGGUAGCAACAGAUUUGAGCGAGGAGUCAACUCAUGCGCUCGAAUGGGCUAUUGGUACAGUGCUCAGAGAUGGCGAUACCCUAUUGGCCAUCUACUGCGUUGAUGAGGAAGCGGGCAUCGGUGGCGUCGACGCGUCAACUCCCGGUGGCGGUCAGGUGCCUGAUGAGCCCAAAGCCAUGAAGGAGCAGGCCGCAGCCAUUAAUACUGUUACUUCAUCCACCACACCCAUUUCUGCCAGCGGGACCAAUCUCCCAUUGCAUACCGCUCCUGGUACUUCAAAGCAGCAGGGUUCGGAUGGCAGCACUUCUGUGUCUCCGGCACCCUCAGCUACGGCUAAUGGCAAUACUGACACUAUUUCUGGUUCCGGCACAAAUGAGAACGGGAAUAGGGACCAGUCGCAGCCUCCACGCAAGGAGCGCAGCAGGGCCGAGGAGGAGCGGUACAGAGCUGUGGGCGAAAUCAGCUCGCGCGUACUGAGGCUGUUACGCAAGACAAGACUGCAAGUAAGGGUCAUUGUGGAAGUGCUGCACUGCAAGAACCCCAAGCACCUGAUCACAGAGGUGAUUGACCUUGUCAAUCCUACGCUGGUAAUUCUCGGUAGCCGGGGGAGGAGUGCGCUGAAAGGCGUCAUCCUUGGCUCCUUCUCCAACUAUCUUGUCACCAAGUCAUCCGUCCCGGUGAUGGUGGCACGGAAACGCUUGAGGAAGCAGGGAAAGAACAAGCGCCUGCCAUCAACGCACCAAGUCAACAACAUCAACAACCCAGCGGCACGCAGCCUGGCCAAUGCGAAGAUCGACUAG